AUGCGGAUGACCUUGCUGCUUUGGUAUACAUCCCUGCCCUGGGUGACGUCAAAUAGCCACAACUCAGGUGAUUCGGAGAUGAAUGCAGUCAACUUCUUGCAGACGGGUGUGGCAACAUUUGCGUCACUUCAGGCAGAAGCUUGCCUACGCUUCAUGCACAUACCCAAGACUGGGGGCACCAGCAUCGACUCAGCUAACAUGCACCUCCCGCCGGGACAGCGGGCUUUCGACUCCUACAUGCUGCGCGUGUAUGAGCGAAUUGCCAAAGCCGACCAGAAAGAUGAAAAGGACUUGGGAAAUCUCUUUGACUUCUCACAUUCAAGCGAGCUGGUGUACACGCCUUUCAGAACGCUGCACAGACAUUUAUACCAUUGGCUGCCGCCCGGAGGGACGGAUCAAUGCGAGGAUGUACACACACCACCCUCCCGCAGUUCUGCUGUGGCUUUGUACUACCAAGAGGAUCGCUGCACUACUUUUUGUGUCGUGCGUGAGCCUUUGGCCCGAUUCUGGAGUGGAUUCCAGAUGUUUUAUUACGCGUGUGAUCCCGAGUCCGUAAACAAGAAAGCACUGGAGCUUCUGUCCGACUUGCUUACCCGCCCGUACGAGCACGAGUGCUUCUUCAUGCUGCAAGUUGAGAGCAUAUAUGGCGUGACCAAUAAGACCGCCGCGACUCACCAGUAUUGCAAUCGCAUCUUGCAUCAGGAGAACCUCGAUCAGGAGUUUGAUGCACUUAUGGCAGAAUUUGGACGCAAUGUGGAACUGCCUGAAGAAGAUUUGAUGUCCAGCUGGACAGACAGCUGCAACAUGACAGUGGCGGACUUGAGACCGGAAACCAAAGCAGCCGUGUAUGAGUAUUUCAAGGCAGACUACGAGGCUUUUGGCUACCCAGAGCCAGACUUUUGA